AUGUCGGUCGCGGCUAGCGCUCGUGCUGAAUGGCGCGCUAUUGCUAUUUGCUUGUUCAUUACCAUUGCUGCGUUCCAAUUUGGUUUUGACUCUUCCUAUUACUCCGGUAUCCUGGCCAUGGAGCCGUUUAUCAAGGAAUAUGGCCGCUAUGAUAGUGCGACGGGUGCUUUUACCCUGAGUGCUAGCAUGCAGUCUCUUACUACCAGCAUUAUUAACGUUGGUGAGCUCGUCGGUGCCGUUUCCUCGUUCUUAGUGGACGAUCGAAUCGGCCGUCGUGGAGGUUUAUUUGUGUCCAGCGCUUUUGUGGUUGCUGGCGUGAUCUUUCAAGUCGCUGCAGAUGACUUGGGCCUGUUGAUCGUUGGGCGUCUAUUGCUAGGUUACGCCGUGGGUUUGAUCUCAUGCCUAGUCCCCUUAUACGUCGCAGACUGCUCCCCAACCCGAUUCCGCGGAGCUCUAGUAUCCUUGUACCAGUUUGAUGUGGGACUGGGUUUGCUUUUUGGAGUCAUUGUUGACAACGCGACUAAAAACCGGAAUGAUAGUGGCGCCUACCGCAUCCCAAUGGCGGUGCAGCUGGUCUUCCCCGUCAUCCUGGUCCCUGGAUUGAUCUUGUUUGCCCCCGAAUCCCCUCGGUGGCUAUUAUCUAAAGGGAAAGUCGAACAAGCGAGGAAGUCUCUUCGAAGGUUACAUGGGGACCGGCCUGAUUUUAUUGAAAGUGAAAUCCUGUAUAUCACCGGUCUUAUCGAAGAAGAAAGGCGGACUGAGGGAUCCUGGAUCGACUUGUUAAAAUGGAAUGCUGAUGGCCGGAAGGCCUAUCUUGGAAUGGCAUUGCAAGCAUGGCAACAAGCCUCGGGUAUCAACUUCAUCACCAGCUAUGGUAUCGUCUUUUUCAGUGCAAUUGGGAUGACGAAUUCUUUCCUCAUCCAAAUGGGACUCUAUCUUGUCCCAAUGCCAGCAGUCUGGCUCAACCAAUACUGUGUUGAGCGAUUCGGUCGUCGCUCGAUGCUACUCAUAUCAACGUCUGCGGUAGCAGUCGUGUUAUUAAUCGUCGGUGGUGCCGGAUCAGCAAGUGACAAGACCCUGGCUCUCGACCGGACGAUCGUCGGCAUGGUGUAUAUUUUCAUGAUCGUCUUUAAUCUGGCACUAGGACCAGCUGUCUGGGUCGUGACGUCUGAGAUAUCUACCGGUCCCAAUCGUAGCAAGCUUAUGGCGACAUCCACCGGAGCCAAUUGGUUCUGCAGCUGGCUGGUCACAUUCACCUUCCCAUACCUGUUUGAUGCAGAUGCGGCUGGGCUCAGCGCAAGAGUCGGGUUCAUCUAUGGUGGCUUGAUGAUUGGCGCUGCUACUUGGAUAUUUUUCUUCUUGCCUGAGACGUCUGGGCGUACCCUAGAGGAGAUCCAGGUCAUGUUCCAGCAGGGCGUUUCGGCUCGGAAGUUUAAGACAUACCGAGAAGUUGACUUGACAAGAUCGCUUGCAUUGGAAGAGAAGGAGGGAGCCCAUGUUACUGAGGUGGACCAUGUCUAG